CUUUUUCAGUCUCUCAUUACUCUCUACUCAAAUUAAAAAAUUUAUAAAAAUAUUUUAGAUACAAAAAAACUAAUUUUAAUUCACUUUUAGUUUUGUUUAUGAUGGAUAUAGAAUCACAGGAACAAUCUCAAGCAGUCUCCUCCAUUUUUAAGAAAACUAAUCGUUCGGUUACUUUGAAGUUUGAUGAAGUAUUUUACAAGGUUGCACUGAAGAAAUCAGGUGGGUUUCCAUGUCAAAAGCUAACGAAAUUAGGGCCAUGUCAAAAUGGAGCAAAAGGGGAAGAAAAAGUGAUCUUAAAAGGAAUAACCGGCUUGGUUCAACCAGGUGAAAUGCUAGCCAUGUUAGGUCCAUCAGGAAGUGGCAAAACAACUCUACUAACCGCCUUAGGAGGCAAACUCGGCGGCAAAUUAACCGGAAAAAUAACGUACAACAACAAACCAUACACCAACUCGAUGAAGCGAAACACCGGAUUCGUAACCCAAGACGAUGUUCUUUAUCCUCAUUUAACCGUAACCGAAACCCUAGUAUUCACCGCCCUUCUAAGGUUGCCUAAUACUUUCACCACACAAGAGAAAUUUAGCCAUGCAGAGGCUGUUCUUGUUCAAUUAGGGUUAACUAGGUGCAAGAAUAGCAUUAUCGGAGGACCGUUCAUGAGAGGAAUUUCGGGUGGUGAAAGAAAAAGGGUUAGCAUAGGACAAGAGCUUCUGAUAAACCCUAGUUUACUUUUCUUGGAUGAACCAACUUCGGGGCUUGAUUCGACAACCGCUCAGCGGAUUGUUUCGGCUGUUUCGGAGCAAGCUAAAGGUGGAAGAACUGUUGUGAUGACUAUACAUCAGCCUUCGAGUAGAUUGUUCUAUAUGUUCGAUAAGGUGUUGUUGUUAUCCGAAGGUAAUCCUUUGUAUUUCGGAAAGGGGUCGGAAGUUAUGGAUUACUUUGCCGGAAUUGGAUUUGAGCCUUCGGUCCCUAUGAAUCCUGCUGAUUAUCUUUUGGAUCUUGCAAAUGGAGUGUCAUCAUACAACGAUCCACGAGACAACCAAGUUAUAGUGAAGCAAACUCUAGUAAAUGCCUAUAAAGACAAUCUUGCUACCAAUUUAAAGGCUCAGAUUAAAGUGAUCGACGAAAAUGUUUCAACUGAUAAGCAAUUUUCAAGAUGGGCCGUAUCAUGGUGGCAACAGUUCACUGUGUUGUUUCGAAGAGGUUUAAAAGAGAGGAAACAUCAGACAUUUGCUGGUAUAAAGGUUGCUCAAGUCUUGAUCGUAGCGUUGCUUACGGGUUUGAUAUGGUGGAAAUCGGAUGUUGCUCACUUGCAAGAUCAGAUUGGACUCCUGUUCUUCUACUCUGGAUUCUGGGGAUUCUUCCCUUUAAUGCAAGCAAUUUUCACUUUCCCUCAAGAACGAAGAAUGCUCGAAAAAGAACGAUCUUCAGGAAUGUACAAAUUAUCAUCAUACUUUAUAUCAAGAACACUCAGUGAUCUACCAAUGGACCUUGUUCUUCCAACUACUUUUGUUACCAUAACCUACUGGAUGGGAGGCUUAAAACGCGCAGCAGCAAACUUCUUCUUCACAUUAUUCGUCGUGUUAUUCAAUGUUCUAGCCGCUCAAGGCCUAGGUCUUGCUAUCGGUGCUAUGGUACUUGACCAACGCAAUGCCACUACGGUAGUAGCAGUGAUCAUGUUGUCGUUUCAGCUAGUGGGUGGAUACUAUGUUCAACAUGUUCCUUGCUUCAUCGCAUGGAUUAAGUAUAUUUCGAUUAGCCAACAUACGUAUAAGCUUCUUUUGGGGUCUCAGUACACAAACGACCAGACGUAUCCGUGUAGUACUAGUGCAUCGGGUGUUUGUUUCGUUGGCGAUUAUCCGUCGAUUAAAAUGGUGGGAUUCAAUCGCCAAAUUGUUUCUGCGGUUGCUCUUGGGAUUAUGGUUUUGUUUUAUAGGGUUAUUGCUUACUUAGCCCUUAUGAGGAUUGGAGUGGUGAAAAAGCCCUAGUUGAUGGAUAUUAGUAAUUGAAGUGGUAAUGUGAUGUUGUUUUUGGUGACUAGUAAUGUUGUAUUUCGGUACUUUAUAUGGAAAAGUUAUUAUGAAAUAUAUACUUAGUUAUUAUGUGUAAUUUUGGUUUGAGCAAAUAGUAUUAUGUUUGAUGAAAAGAAGAAUAGAGAAUGAAAGUGGAAUGUGUAAUAAUUAU